UCCAGUCUGCCGGAGCACAGCUCUGCUCGCUUUCUUGAGAGGAGAGAGGCAGAGAACCACAAGCCUUCUCCUCCUCCUCCAUCCGUGUGAGGCUGGUACACGCGUUGGCUGGUGGACACAGCAGCAGCGUUAGCAUUAGCAGGGGAUCUGUGCUUGAGCUUCCAAAAUGCUCAACAACCUCACCGAAUGCGAAGAGGGCGAUGGGGGACCCAACAGUCAGGGAGAUGCGACAUCCAAGGAGAGCAGCCCCUUUAUCAACAGCAGUACCAGUGACGUAGAGAAAAGCCAGCAGUAUGAUGGGAAAAACAUGGCUCUGUUUGAGGAGGAGAUGGACACCAGUCCAAUGGUGUCUUCUCUGCUGAGCAGCCUCGCCAACUACUCCAACCUGACGCAGGGCAGCAAAGAACACGAGGAGGCAGAAAACAAUGAAGAGGCGCGCAAGAAAACCGUGCAGGCUCCACGUAUGGGCACCAUUAUGGGCGUUUACCUGCCAUGUCUGCAAAACAUCCUAGGGGUGAUCCUGUUUCUCAGGAUGACCUGGUUGGUGGGCGUUGGAGGCGUCCUGGGAACCUUCACCAUCGUCUUCAUGUGUUGCUCCACGACUAUGCUGACUGCUAUCUCAAUGAGUGCUAUUGCCACCAAUGGAGUUGUGCCAGCUGGAGGUUCAUACUACAUGAUCUCUCGUUCACUGGGGCCAGAGUUCGGUGGGGCCGUUGGUAUAUGUUUCUAUCUGGGCACCACUUUCGCAGGAGCCAUGUACAUCCUGGGCUGCAUUGAAAUCCUGCUGAUUUACAUUGUGCCAGCAGCUGCCAUAUUCAAGAUGGAGGGUCUGGAGGGAGCAGAGGCCGAGGCAGCGCUGUUGAAUAACAUGCGUGUGUACGGUACCAUCGUGCUCUCCUUCAUGGCUUUAGUUGUCUUUGUCGGCGUGAAGUAUGUCAACAAGUUGGCCCUUGUGUUCCUCGCCUGCGUCAUUCUCUCCAUUCUUGCCGUCUACGCUGGGGUCAUCAAGACUUCUUUUGACCCACCUGACUUUCCGGUGUGUGUGCUCGGGAACCGAACUCUUGUAUCAAAGGGAUUUGACAUAUGUGCCAAGACCAUAGAGCGGGGCAAUGCCACAGUCACCACCAAGCUUUGGAGAGCCUUCUGUGACUCUGAGUUCCUGAACGCCACCUGCGAUGAGUACUUCACCAAUAACAACGUCAGUCAGAUCCAGGGAAUCCCUGGAGUCACCAGUGGCAUCCUGGCAGAAAACCUCUUCAGCACUUUUAUGGAGAAAAAUGCAAUGUUAGAGAAGCGAGGUCUAUCAGCAGUACUCGACCCUGAGGCCACACCAACCAACACUAACCGAUAUGUCCUGGCCGAUAUCACCAGCUUCUUCACCCUGCUGGUUGGCAUCUACUUCCCCUCUGUCACAGGUAUCAUGGCUGGUUCGAACCGUUCUGGUGACCUGCAGGAUGCUCAGAAGUCGAUUCCUAUUGGUACCAUCCUGGCUAUCACAACCACCUCUAUCAUCUACAUGUCCUCUGUUGUUCUGUUUGGAGCCUGUGUGGACGGAGUCGUUUUGAGGGACAAAUUUGGGGAAGGUGUCAACGGUAACUUGGUUAUUGGCACCCUGGCAUGGCCCUCGCCCUGGGUCAUUGUGUUUGGCUCCUUCUUCUCCACCUGUGGGGCAGGGCUUCAGAGUUUAACAGGAGCACCCCGCCUCCUUCAGGCCAUCGCCCGAGACGGCAUCAUUCCUUUCCUCAGGGUGUUUGGUCAUGGCAAAGCCAACGGUGAGCCUACAUGGGCUCUCCUCCUGACGGCCUGCAUCUGUGAGAGUGGCAUCCUCAUCGCCUCCCUGGAUGCAGUCGCACCCAUUCUGUCCAUGUUCUUCCUCAUGUGCUACAUGUUUGUAAACCUGGCCUGUGCGCUACAGACGCUCCUCAGGACCCCGAACUGGAGACCCCGCUUUAAAUUUUACCACUGGGCUUUGUCACUCCUGGGCAUGAGCUUGUGUCUUACUCUGAUGUUCCUCUGCUCUUGGUACUACGCCAUUGUUGCCAUGGGAAUUGCCGGCUGCAUCUAUAAGUACAUCGAAUUCUGCGGGGCAGAGAAAGAGUGGGGUGAUGGGAUUCGUGGUAUUUCUCUGAGUGCCGCCCGCUAUGCUCUGAUGAGGCUGGAGGAAGGUCCUCCUCACACCAAAAACUGGAGGCCCCAGCUUAUGGUGCUUAUGGGUUUGGAUGGGGAGCAGAACGUAGAGCAGCCUCGACUGCUGUCCUUGACCAGUCAGCUGAAAGCAGGCAAAGGCUUGACCAUCGUGGGAGCCUGUGUGGAGGGCACCUACUUAAACAACCAACCACAGGCGCAGAAAGCAGACCAAUCCCUAAGGAAGCUGAUGGAGGUUGAGAAGGUGAAAGGAUUCAGUCAGGUUGUAAUCUCUUCUAACCUGCGGGACGCCACCUCACACCUGAUCCAGGCUGGAGGUCUAGGUGGCCUCCGUCACAAUUCUGUUCUGGUCAGCUUUCCCAAGAACUGGAAACAGGCUGAGGAGCACCACCGUUGCAGGAACUUCAUUGAGGUUGUUAGAGAGACCACUGCAGCUCACUUGGCCCUGCUGGUGCCGAAGAACAUCUCUGCAUACCCGUCAAAUGGAGAGCGUUUUACUGAGGGCCACAUUGACGUGUGGUGGAUUGUCCAUGAUGGAGGCAUGCUCAUGCUCCUUCCCUUCCUUCUGCGCCAGCACAAGGUGUGGAGGAAGUGCAAGAUGCGCAUCUUCACUGUGGCUCAGAUGGACGACAACAGCAUUCAGAUGAAGAAAGACCUGAUGAUGUUCCUCUAUCAUCUCCGAUUUGAUGCUGAGGUGGAGGUGGUUGAAAUGCAUGACAGUGACAUCUCGGCCUACACCUAUGAGAAGACCCUGAUGAUGGAGCAGCGGUCGCAGAUCCUCAAGGAGAUGCACCUGACCAAGAACGAGCGUGAGAGAGAGAUUCAGAGCAUCACAGACGUGUCCCGUGGCUCUAUACGGCGAAAGAACCCUUCAAACUUGCACCCCCAGAGGAGUAUCGCUGAGGAGUCGGUGGGAGGCGGCGAAGAGAAACCUGAGGAGGAGGUUCAGCUCAUUCAGGGAAAAAAUGCUACCCCCACCCCUACUAGCCCCACCUCCCCUACCGCUCCCACACCAGCGGCCAUGAGCCCCGGAGAGGAGAUGCAGAUGACCUGGACGGACGAAACUGAGAAGGCCAAUAACCCAGCAGUGGCCAACCCUGAAAGCAUAAAGGAUAUGUUCAACAUGAAACCGGAAUGGGAGAACCUGAAUCAGUCCAACGUCAGACGCAUGCACCACGCGCAGAAGCUCAACGAGGUCAUUGUGAAGAAGUCACAAGAAGCUAAACUGGUCCUGCUAAACAUGCCUGGACCACCCAGGAACCGCACUGGAGAAGAGAACUACAUGGAGUUCCUCGAGGUCUUGACUGAAGGUCUCAAUAGGGUCCUCCUUGUGCGUGGAGGUGGACGUGAGGUCAUCACCAUCUACUCUUGAGGGGCUCAGCUCAACCACCAAAUAUUCCUCACCCCUCGUCCCUCACUGCUUAGACGGAACGUCCCAGUAAACCCAACCUACACCAUGAGCAAUAACGCCCCAGCACAUAUCAGAUGACUUUGCACUACAUAGUCUAAAAAGACACCAGCUUAGUAGAUGUCACUUCUUCCACAUGAUUAAGUUUUAUCCCUCUAUCUAUCUAUCUAUCUCUCUAUCUUCCUCUUAUUGGCUCAGUUUUUGCCUCAUAAGCUCAACAGCUUAUGUCUCACACAGAUCAGUAAAUGAUUGAUUUGGUCUUUUCUGACUAAUUUCCAAAAGUCCAUGUUCUCCAGUGGCAUCUGACCAAAUACUCUGAUCCAUCUACUCUUUAUUUAAUAAUGUAUAUCAUAACAGCACUUUUAAGGGACAGUCACACUAGAUUUUAAGCAACAACUUUGUUUUUGGUGGGUACUUCAGAACGGUCCAUUUUAAAUGUUAAAAUGUGGCAUUUGUUCUGGUUUGACCAUUUCAAAUCAUCCAGCUUUUUUUAAAGUAUUGUUUUAUCACAGACUUUCAAAAGUUUGGGUUUAGUAAGAUUUUAAAAUGUUCUUAAACAUUUAUUAUGCUUACCAAGGCUGCAUUUAUUUGAUAAAAAAUAAACUGUAGUAUAUUUCAAAUAGUAUAUUUUAAAAUGUAAUUCAUUCCUGUGAUGCAAAGCUACAUUUUCAGCAUUAUCACUCCAGUCUUAAAAAGUAAAAAAGAUAAUUGUGAGUUUUUGUUCUACAAUUCUGACUUUUUUUUCGCAAUUGCGAGUUGACAACUUGCAAUUCAGAAUCAGAAUUCUGACUUUUUUUUCUCAGAAUUGCAUAAUACAAACUCGCAAUUCUGAUUUUUUAUCUCAGAAAUACAAAAUACAAGAAAAUACAUAAUACAAACUCGACUUUUUUCAGAUUUGCGUAAUACAAACUUGCAAUUCAAUUUUUUUUUCAGAAUUACGUAAUACAAACUCGCAACUCUUGACUUAAUGCAAACUCACAAUUCAAUUUUUUUAAUAGAAUUCUGACUUUUUCGCAAUUGCGAGUUUACAUUUUGUAAUUCUGACUUUUUUUUCAGAAUUACGUAAUACAAACGCAGUACAAACGUGCAACUCUUGACUUUUUUUUUUUGAAUUGUGAAAUCCAAACUCGCAAUUCUAAUUUUUUUAUUUAGAAUUACAUAGUACAAACUCGUAAUUCUGACUUAUUUUCAAAAUUGGAUAAUACAAAGUUGCAAUUCUGACUUUUCCUCGCAAUUGUGAGUUUACAUCUCGUAAUUCUGACUUUUUUUCAGAAUUACGUAAUAAAAACUCGCAAUUCUGUUUUUUUUUUUCAGAUUUGUGUAAUACAAACUAGCAAUUAAAUUUUUUUUUUAGAAUUACAUAAUACAAACUCGCAAUUCUGACUUUUUUCACAAUUGUAAGUUUACAUUUUGUAAUUCUGACUUUUUUCCACAAUUACGCAAUACAAACUUGCAACUCUUGACUUUUUUCAGAAUUGCGUAAUGCAAACUCGCAAUUCAAAAUUUUUUAUUUAGAAUUACAUAGUACAAACUCGCAAUUCUGACUUUUUUCACAAUUGUGUUUACAUUUUGUAAUUCUGACUUUUUUUUCCAAAUUACGUAAUAUAAACUCACAACUCUGACUUUUUUUUUUCCAGAAUUGCAAGAUAAAAACUCACAAUUCUGGCUUUUUUCCAGAAUUGUGCAAUACAAAUUCGCAAUUCUGACUUUUUUUACAUAAUACAAAUUCACGAUUCUGAACUUGCAAUUCUUUUUUUUUGUUUUUGAGAAUUGCAUACUACAAACUUGCAAUCAUGACUUUUUUUCGGAAUUGCGUAAUACAAACUUCAAAUUCUGACUUUUUUUUCUCAGAAUUGUGAGAUAUAAACUUGCAGUUGCAAGUUAUAAAGUCAGAAUUGCAAGAUAUAAACUCGCAUUUCUGACUUUUUUCUCACAAUUCUGACAUUUUACUUAGAAUUGUGAGAUAUAAACUCACAAUUGCAAAUUAGUCCAGUUAUGAGGGGAAAACAAGACUGAUAUGUUCUCAGAAUUGCAAGAAUUUAUAUCUCACAAUUCUGACUUUAUAACAGAAAAGUCAGAAGAAAUCUGAAAUUUAAACUUGUGAGAAAAUUGUGAGGAAAAAAGUCAAAAAUUUGAGAUAAUUUCCUUGCAGUUAUCUUUUUUAUGUUUUAUUCAAUGACGGAAACAGGCUUCCGUACUGGAGUCACAUGAUCCUUCAGAAAUCAUUCUAACAUUUCAUAUUAUUAUUGUCAGUGUUGAAAACAGCUUAAUAUUUUUAUCUUAAUAUUUUCUUCAUAAUUCUUUGAUGAAUAGAAAGUUAAAAAACAAACUGUGUUUUUAAAAUUGUUUUUGUAACUAUUUAAAAGUCACUUUUGAUCAAUUUAAUAGGUCUUUGCUAAAAAAAAUGUGAAUUUCUCCAACCCCAAACCUUGGAAUGGUAGUGUUUAUAGAAGAAGAUUAUGAAAAAUCCCUAAACUGAGAGUUUCCUCCACAUUUAAACAUUAAUACAGUGUUUAAAUCCUCUACUGGUCAAACAUUUAAUAGCUAUUUGAACAGGCAGCUCAAACUUCACCAAAAACUGCAUUCUUCUGUGUUCGUUUGCAUAUGAAUGAAAGUAUGGAAGUGAAUGAAACUGAAAAUCUAGUGUGACCUUCCCUUUUAGCUUUAUAUUUUGUUCCUAUGCUGUCUCUCCAUUGUCUCAUUUUUUUGUCAUAGGGUAAAUAGAGUGGAAUCUUUCUUUGUUGAAAACAAGUCUUCCAGUGUACCAAGUAAAUGUCCGCGGUGUGUUUUUACACCAAGGACAAAACUGACCAGGGUUUAAUGUGAGCCAGGUGUAAGCACUUCUGGAUCAAUGACUAUCAGCUUUGCCCUUGACCAUCUGCAUGUCAUAUAUACUGUACAAUGUGAGAGGGCUGGACCGUGUGUGUGUGUGUGUUUGUACACAAGUAGACUUAAAGGGGUUUUAUAAGUAGGCUGUGUUCCUUUCACAAAUAUGUUCACUUAAAAUAUCAUCAGCAGACAUGAAGUAUAUUGCUCAGUCACACACGUGUACAUACUGUGAAGAGAGUCUAAACAGAACUGCUGUAUAAUUGAAAACCCAUAUACAGUUUAAAAUAUAAUCCUGAAUAAUCUCAUUUAAUAGUAGAAUCACAUAUAUAUUAAGGGAAUGUAAAUAGAAAAGAAUUAGUAUUUAUAUUUCAAAUAUUUAUUUACAAAGAAAUUAUUUAUUCAUCCAGCAAUUUUUGAUUGAUUGUAAACAUGGAAAAAACAUGGUAUUUACAUCUCUUGCCAAAUCACUAAAUAUAAACCGUGCCAUAUGAGAAGAGAAAAAAAAAAACAUGAACAAAUGAAACAUUUUCACAUUUUCAUACAAGAAACGGAUAGUGCUGGGUCACGACAUUAAAACAUAUCAUGCGUCUGAUAUUACCAGUUACUUUAUAAAGCAGAUGCGGUUUUAUCAUCCUUUUUCACCAAAUUAAAUUUGUGAACAAAAGCAUAUUUUAACUGCGUAGUAUUUUAAAAUCAUAUCAGAAAUGUUUGUCAUGAAUGUCUGAAAUUUUCCUUUAUUUUUACAUUUGUAAAGACGACACUAAUUUGCUACAUUUAAGCAGCAUCUGUGAGCGACUGAUGCGGACUGUUCAAUCCACGAGCACGAGCAUAUUAUUUAGUUCAUGUGUGGUAGAAAUAGAAGAUAUUAAAAAACAUUUAUCUAAAGAACUAUUUUAUUUUUUUGUAAAAUUGCAACGAUGAAAAAAAGGAAUAUAUUAGAUUACAGAAUAGACUAGUAAACUCUAUCGUCUUGUGUAACUGUGAGACUUAAAAAAGGAAAAUAACUAACUGUAUGUUUUAAAAUUUAAACUCAAAUUGUGCUGAGGCUGCUACCGUCAUUAAAAUGUAAAUAUAUUGCACUCCCCCAAAACUUAAGACUGAAAAGAAAAGAAAAAAAACACACAAUAUUUAUAGAUUUUUUGCAUUUCAAUUAAAAGCGUAUUACAGACACCCAGUCAUUUUUCACAUGAUGUUUUACAGGGUUUUGAGAACUACAACUCAGAGACAGGAAGUAACGUCUCAGACAGUUUGUCAAAAUGCCACCAUCAGUCUGUCCUAAUACUCAAGCGUACCUCAUUUUACCUCAUACGUUGUAAUGUCGAAGUUCACACUUGUAGAAAAAAGGUAGUAAUGGUCGUGGCGUUUAAGUUCAUACACUGUAAAAAACUGUUGAGUCAACUUAAAAUAAUUUGUAACCUGGCUGCCUUAAAAUUUUAAGUUCAGUCAACUCAAAAAAAGUUUAUUCAACUUGAAAUGUUAAAUUAUACUAAGUGACAACUUAGAUAUUUGAGUUGAAUCAACUUAAAAAUUUAAGCAGCUGGGUUACUUACCCAUCUGUUAAGUUUAGCAAACACAAAUAUCUAAUUUAACAUUUCAAGUUGAAUAAACUUAUUUUAGUUGACUGAACUUAAAAUUUUAAGGCAGCAGGGUAACAAAUUAUUUUAAGCUGACUCAACAAAUUGUGUUUUUUAUUUUUUACAGUGUAGAAGCGAUAUUUAAGUAAAUCGUUUGCAAAAAGAAUUCGAAUUCUAGCUAAGUACAUUUUCUUUAUCAGUACUCUAGUUAUGCUCAGAACCAACCGAUUUUUGUUUUUAUCCAAAACAGGAAUUGCAAAGUGCUACCUAUCGUAAUUCUUCCAUGUUUCUACCUAAAAUGAUAAUCUUAUCUAAAGGAACUUUUGCAUUGCUAGAAUUUACAACACAAAAGACGAGUUUGGCUUGUUUGGAGUCCUAUGCAAUUACAGUUUCGUUUAUUGAGGGUCUAAAACUACUUUCUACUGAAUUGUUUAUAGUGGUACUAUUAAGUAUUAUAGAUUGAAAUCAGAGCUUCCGUAUCUGCCAGGGUGACUUGCGGUUCGAUGAGAACUUUCCACAUUAUUUCAAGUCAUGCAAAGGGAAACAUGCUGGGACAAUGUCGCGAUUAAGCCAUAUUGGCUGCGUGCUGUUGGAUACAGAGGUUUCACUCUGCAGCUGAUGAUGAUGCUGAUGUCCCGUUCAUCUUAAGUAUAGAAUAUCUGAAUUGAAUUCACAUUGAUGCAAAGGGCUUUUCGAUACCAUUUUAUCAGAUUCGUCUUAUCCUUCCCCGAGGCUGAAGAAGCGUCAUAAACCUUAUGCUGUAUAGCACGUCGUUCCUUAUCUUCCCUCGAAGGGGGUUGUAAACUCGAAAGACACCCCAAAUUGGCCAAAGCAUAACUAGAAAUAAGCACUGUGAAAAUUCAAAGUUACUUUCUUUCUCAUGUAUCUACAUUCAGUCUUUAUUUCAUGUCCUUGCUAUGGAGCGCUGCUGUAGGAAACCUGAAGUAAAUAUUGUUAGAAUGCAUAUAAUGAAUCAUGAUGGUUUUUAUGCAACGCUGACUUGUAAGUAUCCUGCAACAAUGGUACUGGUCGACUAACAGGGCUUAUAAAAUAACCAGCGAAACUGAAUUUGAAAUCGCAGGGGUUUCAGAAGGUGCUAAUGAUAUUUGUAAGUGAUUGCUGAAGCAGCGUGUAUGAAAAUGUUCAAGUGCAAUAUUGAAAACGCUGACUUGUAUGGAAUGAGCUAUUUAGCCUAUUUAGACUUGAAGUUUAUUGAGGGCAAAGAGGUUGCCACAGUUGAUUUAUCAUUUUGGGAUGUACACUCUAAAAAAUAAAGGUUCUGUAUUGGCAUUAAUGAUUCCAUGAAUUGCCUUUAAAGAAAUAGUUCAGCCCAAAAUUUUUAUGGAACUGUCAAACCCUCAGGCCAUGGGUGCCGUCAGAAUGAGAGUCCAAAUGGCUAAUAAAAACAUUACCAUAGUCCACAAGUAAUCCACACCACUCCAGUUCAUCUUAUGUCUUGUUAAGUAAAAAUCUAUUGAACUUUGGCAUCACUUCUGGCAAAAAUACCAGCCCAUCCUGUUAUCACAAUCCACCAACAUACUGGUUUAGAACUGUUUUGGACUGUUUUCCCCCAUGACUCAAGAUAACUUUUUUUACUGAAUAAAGCAAUUUUAUUAGUGCUCAGCAACAAUCAUGAUUAAUUGCAUCCAAAAUAAAUGUUUUUGUGUACAUAAUAUACUGUAAAAAAAAAAAAAAAAAAAACACAAUUUGUUGAGUCAACUUACAAUAAUCUGUUACCCUGCUGCCUUAAAAAUGUUUAAGUUCAGUCAACUCAAAUAAGUUUAGUCAGCAUAAAAUGUUAAGUUGUACUAAGUGACAACUUAGAUAUUUGAGUUGACUAAACUAAAAAUUUGAUUUGUUAAACUUAAAAGCUGGGUUUGUUACCCAGCUACCUUAAAAUUCUGAAUUGAUUCAACUCAAAUAUCUAAGUUGUCACUUAGUAAAACAUUUCAAGUUUACUAAACUUUGAGUUUAAACCGAACUUAAAAUUUUAAGGCAGCCGGGUAACAAAUUAUUUUAAGUUGACUCAACAAAUUGUUUUUUUUUUUUUUUACAGUGUGUGUGUACUGUGUAUAUUUAUUUUAUAUACAUAGACACAUACAGUAUAUAUUUUUACAUAUAUUUACAUGUAGAUAUUUGAGUUGACUAAACUAAAAAUUAGGUUUGUUAAACUUAAAAGCUGGGUUUGUUACCCAGCUGGCUUAAAAUUUUAAAUUAAAUCAACUCCAGUAUCUAAGUUGUCACUGAGCUAAACUUAACAUUUUAAGUUGACUAAAUUAAAAUUUUAAGGCAGCCAGGUAACAAAUUAUUUUACAGUGUGUGUGUACUGUGUAUAUUUAUUAUGUAUAUAUAAGGCCACAUGCAGUAUACAUUUUGAAAAUAUUUACAUUAUUUAUUUCAUAUAAUUUAUAAAUAUAUAUAAAUAUAUUUAAUAUAUAAACAUAACAUUUUUUCUUAAAUAUGUAUACAUGCAUGUGUGUGAAUUUAUAUAUAUAUACAUAAUAAAUAUACACAGUACACACACAUAUAAUAUGUACACAAAAACUUUUAUUUUGGAUUAAUCGUGAUUAAUCAUUGACCAGCACUACAUUUGAUAGAAAAAGGUCUCAUAUUUUAGCCAAAAACAACAGAUUUAAGUUGAAAACAUCUUAAUGAUGGAUUAUUAUGAUGUUUUAUCAACUGUUUGGACUAUCAUUUUGACGGCACCCAUUUACUGCAGAGCAUUGGUGAGCAAGUCUCCAAAUCUGUUCUGAUGAAGAAACAUCUACAUCUAGGAUGGCCUGAGGAUGAGUAGAUAGCAAAAGCAGAUUUUUCAGAUUAUUAAAGAUUUUACACCUUGUAAGGAAUAAAAAGGUUCUUUUAAGAACUGUUCAAAGCGAGUUUGAGGAACCCAAAAAUCCAAAACCCUUUUUCAGAACCUUUAUGAAACAGAAAGAAUGGGCUUUUGCAGUUACUUUAGAUCAGUGGGAGAAUUUAAUCAUCGUUCAUUCAGUGCUCCUGAUACCUGUUUCUGCAUGUUGGUGUUUUAACCGAAAACCUCCAGUCCUCACUUCAAUCACCGCUUCAAAUUUUAAGCAUUGCUUCUGAUUUUCUAAUGACAACGUACAUUUUCGGAUACUUCUGAGUUCUGAAACUUUCCCAGCAGUGUGUGCAAGAGCGUUUCUACACAGCCGACAUUUCUACUUUCUCCAUAGGAGGGCAGUUUGACACUUUUUGUAUGGUAGUCAGUGUAGAUCCAAAGACAGUGAUUUGAUUAGUGAUGUGUUUUAUGUUCUCUGCUUCGGUUCUCACGAGGAGUCAGAACGAUGCGUGUUUGUGAGCGCGACUGUAACGGGGAAAGAGGUGGCGUGUUUCUGUUCCUUUAUGUAUAUGACUGUGUGACAUAUCACUCUGUUGGAAAAGGAGAGGUUCAACCGUGGCAGUUACUUUUGUAAAUAUAUGACACAUUAUAGUUAUAUUAGCCUAGCUGUUUAAUUUGUGUGUCCAUGCAAGUUUAAUAUUUUAAAAAUAAAUAGAAAAUUGUGUCUCAAUUGUGUUAUAUGAAAAUAUAUUUAAACUAGAUAUCUUAAAUUAUUGUUUUAUCUUGUCAAAAGCUUCUAUGUUCUAUGAAUAAUGGUUUCUCUGGACCAUUUUAUAGACUUGUCUGCACAAAAUGCAAUAAAGUUCAAGUCAUUUAUUACAA